CGACAACUUCAAGCAAAAUUUAUUUGUCUGCGCCUAACCUAACCUCGAUAAUUCGAUAUGACCGACAAAGAACCAAAUGAUAAAAAUGAUACCGUUGAAGACGUGGCUUACGAUCCAUACGAACAUCGUGAAGUGGACGGGCGUACAUUAGUAUCGGAUUUUGGAUCCUGGGCUAAUCUGGUAAAGAGUGCCGUCGGCACGGGACUGUUUGCUAUGCCGCAUGCAUUUGCCUGCGUGGGAAUACUCGUUGGAAUAAUUGGUACUAUUAUAAUGGGAGUACUGAUAACGAUAUCACUACAUUUGUUGGUACAGGCCCAUUACAAAGUAUGUGUCAAAAUACAAAAACCAGCGUUAUCAUAUAGCGAGUUGGUAACAUCCACUAUGAAGUCGGGUCCUAGGAGGGUAAAAGCUGCUGCUGAAUGGACGAUAUUUGUAGUCGACGUUAUCAUGCUCAUGUGCUAUAUCGGCAUUGGCUCUAUAUAUGUUGUAUUUAUUGCCGGAGUCGUUCAGGAGUGCCUGGAUUCGAACAAAACGAUAUCGCAGGGCUAUUACGCCCUUAUAUUAAUCCCGUUUUUUUUGGUGAUGAACAUGAUUAAACAUCUAAAGGCGUUAGCGCCCUUUUCCAUGCUCGGAAAUCUAUUUUUACUCAUUGCCGCCAUUAUCGGUGUCGUCUAUUCCCUCAAAGACGGCAUAGGCAACGAAUACGAGAUCGUUCGUUCGGAAUUAAAUUUAUAUCCAAAAUUUUUGGGCACGGUUUUUUUCAGCAUGUGCUCGCCGGGAUUGAUUCUCUCCAUCGAGAAUAGCAUGAAAAAUCCGGAAAAUUAUAACAAACCAUGCGGAGUCUUUAAUUUGGGGAUGUCCGUCGUAAUAAUAAUACACGUGCUGAUUGGCUCGAUUGGAUAUUUAAAAUGGGGUCCCGAUUCCCGGGCGAAUUUCAUACGCAAUCAUCUUGAAAAUGAUGUUGCCACUGUGAUAGCCCUUGUUUUCCAAGCGCUCGCUAUAUACUUUUCCUACGGCUUGCAGUGCUAUAUGCCUAUAUCUAUUCUUCAUGAAGACUAUGCUUUACCUGGUAUCGAGGAGGGUGAUUGUGCCGGGACGUCGUUUCUCUGGGAUCAAAUUAUUCGAAUCUCCGUGACUUUAAUCACUUGUAUCCUGGCAGCCACUAUCCCUAAGCUAGACAUCUUCAUAGGCCUUGUUGGUGCAUUUUCCAUGACCACCCUUGGCGUCGUGAUACCCGUAGCGCUAUACUUGAUUGUGUAUCUGAAUAAUUUUGGAAGAUACAGAUGGCGAUUUGUGCUUGGAAUUUUUCUCCUUUUCGUUGGUCUAACCUGUAUGAUCUGCGCUACCGUCACCAGUAUGAUUCUCAUCGUGCGCUUCUUCAAAUACGGGUAAAGCAUUAACGAGACGACGAGCGAGACCAGCCGAAAGAAAUUGAGCUGUGUAAUUUAUAAGAAUUUAUCAUGAUAACAAUAAUAAUAAUUCAGCGAAUAAUAACAGAGAGAGAGAGAGAGAUAGAGAGAAAAAGAGAGAAAUAUUUUAAACAAUAAUACAA